GGAGAGGAGACGCAUGCGUACUGACUAGAAGCAGCCGGUCGGAGGAGAGGGGGAAAAAAAGCCUUAUGUUCCAUCGGAUGUAAUCAAAGCAGAGAAUUCCCUCUUCUCGUGGUGCAUACAUGGUGAAAUUCCCAUGGGAUCAGAGCGGAUGGAGAUGCGAAAGAGGCAGAUGUCGGUGCAGCAGGAGUCGGCAGCGGGGGGAACUGCACCGGCCCAGCAGGACCAGCCGAGCCAGGCCAACCCGAGGGGCUCCAACGCAUGUUGCUUCUGCUGGUGCUGCUGCUGUAGCUGCUCCUGGAAUGAAGACAGGGAUGAACGGAAUCGAAAGGCAUCAUAUGACGUCAAGGAAGGGACCUCAGACUGUGAAGACUGCCCAAAGCCCACGCUGGAGGAGGUGCACAUGUGGGGGCAGUCGUUUGAUAAGCUGAUGUGCUGUCCAGCUGGGAGGAACUCUUUCCGGCAAUUUCUCCGCACCGAGUUCAGCGAGGAGAACAUGCUGUUCUGGCUCGCAUGUGAGGAGUUCAGCAAAGAGACCAAUAAAAGUGUGAUCGAGGAGAAGGCCCGGCUCGUCUACGAGGACUACAUCUCCAUUCUCUCGCCGAAAGAGGUGAGUCUUGACUCCCGAGUGCGUGAGACGAUUAACAGGAACAUGCAGGAGCCCAACUUGCACACGUUUGACGAUGCCCAGUUGCAGAUCUACACGCUAAUGCAAAGAGACUCGUAUCCCCGCUACUUGAACUCCCUAGCGUACAAAAACCUGCUCAAACCUCUGUCAGAGCAGUCCCCCGAAUCUUAGGGCGGCAACGACAACCUGUGAUCUUUUAAUCCUCUUUGCCCUUUCUAAGUCCUUCAAUCCCCCACAACCCACCCGACCCAAACCCCAAGUUUAUGAAAAAAGGUUUUCUUCUUUGUAUGUUCAGUGUAGGAUUACAUGAGCCAGGCCUCGGGCCCCGGCCCCUCCCAGGGAUCUCAGCGAUAUUGUGAUCUGCACCUGACCGAAGACAACUCAGGUCUGAAAAACCUCCUGAGGGCUCGACAUCACAUGUACUGCUACAGAUCAACAUAGCAAAACACUCCAAAGGAAUAUGAAUAACACUUUAAUUCUGCUUCUUUUUCCUUCUUUUUUUUGAUAGAAAUAUUCUAUUUUAUUUGUGUUCAGAGUUUUUUAUGGUCUGUUGUUUUUUGUAUGAUUGUUUUUGGGGGAAAUGAUUCCUAUUGUAGACUAUCUAUACAUAUAUACAUAUAUAUUUAUGAGUUUGUAAAAAGUUCAAAUGAAAUUGUGGGUAUUUUAUGUGGAAAUGCCUGGUUCUAUUUACUGCGUAUGAAAAUCAAAGCUCAAGUCCAAGCUACACAUUAGCUUGACUUGCUGGCAGCUUUGUGGGGUACUGUUUAAUUUUUUAUUCUUAUUUAUUUCACUUCGUUUUGUUACCUAACCUCACACUUCAGUAUCUGUGGCAGCGACUUGGCAACUCCAGUUCAUGCACAACCUGUGUGUGGUUUAGAAUAAUGUAUGUAUGGUUACCAGAGAAGUAACAGGGUGCAAUAAAUGAAAAUCAGUAAUGGUGAAGAGUAUUUUAACCUUUAUCAAUUGCCAGUAUAAGACAAUAUUGUUGUUUUUCUAGUACUAGUGGGACACUUUGCACAAAUCAUAGGUUUAUCAAAAAUUUAUUGGUGUAUGAUUCUAAGCUGAAUAGAUUUUACCAGAGAAAGUAUUUUAUUUAAUAUUGCACCAUGUCAAAAAAAAAUUUUAAUUAUAUUUAAUUAUUUUGAUGGAGUAAAUAACACAAAAAAAUGAAGACAUUUUAUUCAAGAUAUUUUAUUUUAUGGGUCUGUAAUUUUUCAACAACUUUCCAAGGUUUUCCUGAUAUUACCUAUAUUCUUUCCUUUAAUAAAAGGUCAUUUGUCUUAGUUAUGUUAGUUGUGCUCCAGUUCUGACCAGCAUUGUCACCCUGAUGCCUAUUCCUCUAAAGCAGUAUUGUCACUCUGAUGCCCAUUUCUCUAAACAUCUUUCACCAGAAUAUUUCAUAUCAGGGAGCCAUGCAGUAUUAUGUAUAGUCAGCUCAUACUUUAUUGAUGAACACCUAACCGCACCACAGUGAUGUAGCUGUCAAAAUGUUAUUAUGAGGAUGCAGUCACACCAUUAAAACUCUUAAGUUCAUCUACAGUUAGUUUACUCCCUGUUUCUGUUUACUACCACAGAACUCAUUUAUGUUUGAUGCAUAGAAUAAAUCCAUUUUCUGCCUCACCCAUAAACAACCACACAUCCAUUAGACAUGUUUUUGUUAAAAAGUGUUUUUUUUUUUUUUGUUCAGAGAACAACCCAUAAUCUGUCGACAGCCAUAUAGAACGACAACUUCAAAACUGGUGCCAUUUCAGAUGCAAAGUCAUCAUUUAAACAAACCCAUUGCAGUAUGAGGUCAUGAGUGCCAACAUUGACACACAUUUUCCCUCUUGUUGGCAAAAGAAUUUCAUAAGCAGAGCAUGAAACUCAAAGGCAUUCUGAGAUUCCCCAAUAUAAAAAGUUAAAGUUAUGAAAAACCUUGUUGUUUGUCAGAUUUCAUUUGACAUGUUAACUGAUGAGAUGCACUGUUGCUCUUGAGUCAUGCUAGCAAGGUACAUCCACGGUUUGUGAAAUUUGUUUGGGAACUUCUGUUACCAUUUUCACAAACGAGAUUCCUCUAGCAGGCUUCAGUAUAACACCUAAACAUGUCCUAAACACAGUUGGUUUAUGCUAUUUAUUAACUGGUUAAGUAAAAGCAAUGAAAUCAUUUUUAUUAGCAAUAACUAACAUUAAACUUUAACGUUUGUCCAAAGAACAUGCAGGAAAGUCAUGAGAAAUUGCAGACCUACUAAUACAGCAUCACAUUUGAGAAUUAUCAUAAAAAAAUCAUAUAUUUAAAAAUGGAUAAGAAAUAUUAUGGUCAGAGGAUCUUGCCAGGUUAGCAGAAACACCAAAGCUAUGAUGUAAGCUGUGUUCACAUGUUUAAAGAGAGCGUUGAGUAGGGGUGGAGUUGCCAAGUGUUUAAUACUUAGAAUAUCUAGUUUUAUUUGAAUUACUUUGUUGCCUCACAUUGUGUCACUCGAAGACAAGAUCCUCUCAUGGGGAAGUGCCUUGACAUUCAGUUUACUGACAUCUUUCUCAUGGGCAACAGUUGUUCACUGACUUGCGCCGAAAGGUCGUUCACUGGAGAAUGACUACAGUUUUACCGGAAAUUGUCCCUCUCAUUGGCCAAAAUAUCUUGCGUGUUUGGUCUCGAUUCCUCAAUUGUGAACACAUCGGUGAAAGGUGGUAGGAUGCAGCACCUCUUUGUCGGCUGAAGACAGAGAUCGCUGUGACCAGGCGUGAGGAGUCGGAGCUUCUCGCCAACCUGUGUGCUUCAUGGUGGCUCUUGUCUUAGAGUUAACUCAAACUCACUACAUACGAUGUGCAAUUUGAGCUGAUGGGUUAUACUGCGCAGAUCAACCUCAAAACACAAUCUAAGCCAAUGGUUUGGAGUGAUGCCUAUAAAUGUUGUUUCUUCUGUUUACUAUAUGAAAUGUGUUCUUUUGCGCUGAGUUUACUUAUGAAGACAUUUUUCAAAAAACAAAUAAUGUGAAUGUUUACAGUAUGGUUUAGUUUUUUUUUUUUUGUUUGUUUCUUUUUCUGCUACUCUUCAAGAAAAAAACUGACUUGUGGGCAUUUCGAUUGAGAUAAAAUAAAGCACAAUAAUUUUACUCAUUCUUGAGUGACUUCAUCAAUAAAAAGUUAAAUAAUAACUUUAUUAAACUAAUUAAGUUUAUUCCUAAGAGCAGUUUUCAGCCUAGAGAUUGGAAGGCUAAGAUUGCAACAAAUGUUUAUUUUUUUCUUAUUCUUUAUAAGCAGCACAAUAUUUCUAUUUUAUUGUGUUUUCAUAAAAUUAUUAUUAUUUAGCCCCUAAUCAAAAUUUAUGCACAGUACACAUUUUAUGGUCUGAACAAAGGCCUUCAGAGACUUCUUGUAUUAAAUUUGAAUUAUUUUGGAUUAUGUCAUUAAAAAUACCAAAACAUC